AUGCAGUGUUCGCUGACGAUUGUUCUGUGUAUCGUUUAUAUGACCGCGAACUUCUCGGAGGCCGUCGAGAAGGAACGAGUAAGGGAAUUAGUACGGGAGUGGGCGCCGCUGGUCUGGCUGGCACCUGGCGAACAGUUCCUGCCCCUCGGGGUGCCUGACUUCCUGGACCACAUGCAGCCCGACGACGAUUACCUUCGCACCAGAGUCGACGUAGAGUCGUUGCUGAGGAACCGGUCGUCCUUCUUAUACGGCCGCAAGCCAGCCAGCUCGGUGCCGGUUUACGCGUUGAUCAACAAUUGCGCGGUUCAAGAGGACACGGCCGGCUCGAGCGGCGUCCGUGAGCCGAAGAGGAGGUCGCGUAGGAACGGCGAUCAUCCCGUCGCCGAUUUCGGCUCCUCGAUCUUGACGAACGACGUCCCGGGGAAAGCGUGGAAGAGCGAGGCGAGGAAGCCCGCCGGAGAGAAAAUGGGGGAUUUCGAGAAAAAGACGAAAAAACGGAACAGGUCCCGGAAGCCGCGCUUUCACGUGACCUAUUGGAUGUUCUACCCGUUCAGCGAGGGAAAGGCAGUCUGCGUUCUGGAUCUCGGAUUUUUUGGUACCUGGCCGAUACCCACCGUAGGCGGCGUGUGCCUCGGCAUGCUGAAGGAGUACGGCAGCCACGUGGGCGAUUGGGAGCACAUGAGCCUGUAUUUUAAGGACGCCAAUUAUCCCUCCGCCAUGUACGUGUCCGCCCAUGACGCAGGCGCGUUCUACAGGUACGACCCGCGGAGCGGCACCUUCGUCUACGAGAGCCAGGAGACGCGCAAGGGGAUCUUCCAGAAGCCUAUAUUCCCGGAAAGGGUAUUCACCGCCAGCGGUUCCCAUCCGAUACUGUUCAGCGCGCGCGGCUCCCACGGGCUAUGGACCGCGCCCGGCAAGCACAAGUUCGUCAGGUUGCCCAGACUGUACGAUGAGAGCGGCUUCGGCACCGCCUGGCCCACGUGGAAGAAGAUAGAGUUGCUGCUGAAGGAGGAGGACAGCGUCCUGCCGGGCUGGAUGAAUUUCAAGGGCAAAUGGGGCAACCCGAAGAGCAACUGCCAUCCCUUGGUCAGGCUCGGCUUCAACAUCUGCGAGUUCGUCGACGGACCGACCGGCAUUCCCAUGAAGAAGACGAGCUUCCGGUGCUGACAGUGGAUACUCGAUAGGUGCUUUUUAUUUAUGACGAGUAGGUGGAGAAACGUUCUAGGAUCUUGGAGGAUCAUGUUUGUCAAGGUGCUCGUUAGUAUGUUAAUACACUCAUGUUAGUGACGUGAAAGCCGGUUACCUCGAGCUUUUCGAGAGCCAAAGGCAUUCGUCUGAAUGAUAAGGCAGUCGUGUUAAAUGCA